AUGUGCGAAUACAGUGAAAGUGAGUUAAGCGAAUAUGUUGUUGAAAAUGAGUCAAGCGAAUAUGUUGAAAUGAGUCAAGCAAAUAUGAUGAAAGUGAUUCAAGCAAAUAUGGUGAAAUCAAACGAAUAUGUUGUUGAAGUAAGUCAAAUGAAUAUGUUGUUGAA